CGCGCAUGCGCCAAGCGUCCUGCUUGGGACACAAUGCUGCUGUCAUGAUAGGCAGCGCUAACGUUGGGCUAGGCAUGAGGAGAAGGUGGUGGCAGUGAGGCAGUCCGUAUGGAUGCUCCAAGCUCCAGGAAUCCCCACUGCACCUCCGCCUUCUCGAGAGGUUCUUUUAGAUUUUUGCUUUUUUAUUUUGCCGCAAAGUAGCCGGACACUGACCCCCUUGCAGCAUGCUGACUCAGCAGUCGACUCAGCGCACUGACAUCCAGGCUGCAGACUCCACGGGUUCAUUUAAUAAAAGAAGACGAAAUUCCGUUUUUGUAACUGUGACGCUCCUCAUUGUAUCCUCGUUAAUUUUUACUCUUGGCCUGGCUGCAACAACGAGAACAGAAAAUGUGACAGUGGGAGGCUACUAUCCAGGGGUUAUUCUCGGGUUUGGGUCAAUACUUGGGAUUAUUGGAUCCAAUCUGAUAGAAAACAAAAGACAAAUGCUUGUUGCUUCCAUAGUUUUUAUCAGUUUUGGGGUGAUUGCGGCUUUUUGUUGUGCGAUUGUGGAUGGUGUUUUUGCUGCCAGACAUCUAGAUCUCAGACCACUGUAUGCUGGGAAAUGUCGGUAUUACUCCACUACACAUAGUGAUCAUACUACAGAGGUGACAUGCCAGCAGCCUAUGCGCAAUCCUUGUGUCCUUAAAAUAAGAGGCAAUACAUGUUACUGCUGUGAUUUGUAUAAUUGUGGGAGAAUUGGAAAUUCUGGCCUCUACUAUGAAUACAUUGAUGUAAAAAGCUGCCAAGAUGUUGUGCAUCUCUACCACUUGCUAUGGUCAGUAACCAUCCUCAACAUAGUUGGUCUGUUCCUCGGGAUCAUCACCGCCGCGAUACUCGGGGGAUUCAAGGAUAUGAAUCCUGCACUUCCUGCCACAAGUUGUAUUGCCGAGACCCCGCGCCCAACAGUACAGUACAACACAAGACCAGCCGUGCCGUCUUAUAAUACUUACUAUCACAGCACUCCUCACUUGCCACCUUACACUGCCUAUGACUUACAGCAUUCCAGUGUGUUUCCAGUCUCAACACCUUCUGGCUUGUCAGAUGAUCCUGAUGGACAGGCUUCAAGUUUCAUGUGGCCAUCCAACGCUCCCCCUCGCUAUUCUCCCCCCUACUUCCCACCUGAUGAAAAGCCACCACCCUACACUCCAUGACCCUUAUGGAUAAAGUCCCUUCUCAUCUCAGCAGAGGUUUAUGCAUACACCAGUCAAAUAUUGUACGUUUGUAUGAUACAUAUUUGGGAAUCUUGCGACUGAACUGAGAUUGUAUGAAGAUAAUAUAUACAAGACGUGGGCAGAAAUCAACACUGAUAUGAUCACCUUUGCCAAACUGAAGUUAGGGCAUAUUGUCAUUUUAUGCUGGCGUAUUAAUGGCGAGGGCUAAGCCACAUGGGUAACUUUUGUUUUGCAGCAUUUUAGUACCAUCAAAUUCCAGCAAGAUACACGGGACAGAUGCAUCUUUCUCAUUAGCGACGGAGACAAAAAAAAAAAGUUCUAAUUAUUUCCAAUGGAAAUGCUUCUUUGUAAAAUACUCAAAUGUUUCUUGGUGGUUGCGCCUUUUGAUUUGGAAAUUAAAAACAGCAGAGAGGUAGAAAUGAAAGCUGAAAUGACAUCACAUUCAAAUACUGCAUACUUGGGAGAAAAAUACAGCAACAAAGGAAUCACUUAUGCAGCUUUGCCUUGAAAGUGUAAGAAACUCUUCCUUUAUAUGAGAAUAAACAUGCACUGUUAGUAUAGCUACUAGCCACUGUAGGCUAAACAUUUUGUUAGUUAUGUGUUGUGUGACUCACCUGUUUCCAGGCCACGGUACCACCGUUCCUUGCCUGCUCCAAGAUGGCACCUAGUCAGCUUUGGCCAUUUUUCCCUUUGACACCAGCACAGUAGGAAGUAAAAUGGAAGUGAAAGAAGAGCUUGCACGGAGAACCUAUAAACAUACUAGAGGAUGUACCUUCUCACAUAAACACAACAUACACAGGAUUUAGCAAUGCAAGUCACCAAUUAGUGUGAGAAAAACAUUUGUCAGUGUCUUUAUUUUUUGGGGGGGGGGGGGGAAUAUGGAAUUCAGGGGACUUUCAUGCUAAUCUACUUCAAUAACGAGCGAGUUUCAGGUCUCUUAACCCUCUAUGAAACAUUGGUGCUUCCCAACUGUGUUAUGACUUUCGGACUUGUCAAAAACAAUAUGGCUUCUGUAGAUAAGCACUGUGACUCAACAUCUCCAUCCAUUGUGGUGUAUUGUACUGAAUGUUAUUUAUUUCAAAUAAUAUUUAUUUUACUGCAACAGGGUGGGGGUGUGUAGGAAGAAUAAAAAAACCCAGUGCAUUCUGCAACAAUAUAUAGGAAUAGAUUUACCAAACUGUGAACAAGAAUUAAAAGUAACUUUUUCUUAUAUUGUUUUUCAUACAGUUGUUUUAUAACCCAAUGCGGACAUCCAGAUCAGAUAACUCCAUGCGUGGCCCAACAGUUUGCUUGUAUCUCUUACAGUAAUAUAUAUAUAUAUAUAUAUUUACUGUACCAGCCAUGAACAGGGCCCAGGAGCUAGUAGAAGUCCAAAGCCACUUUAGAGACUGUUGUUGACAUCAUCAUCAAUAAUAUGUGCCCUGAAGAGCUGAUUAAAACAUUUCAAUUCAAAAAGUUA